GUUUAUUUCUAUCUCAGGGUAUCAUUUCUUCAUCAGGGUCGUUCCGGCCAAUCUCCAAGAGGGCGUUUUGAGCAAGUAAUCAGGAAACAAUUCCCCGAUAUGGCCUGGCUCCCGACGCCAAGUAGACCUUAUUAUCACUUCGUACCCGAUUAUCUCGUAGACCUCAAACAUGCUCAUACUAGGUCGUCAAGACCGUGACGGCGGUUGGUUCUUCAGUGGAGACUCGGCCGAUGGGUCGAUUCUUAUUUGUAUCUAAUGGCAUCACGUCUUUUAUUCUACUUUAGUCUUGAUACUCAACAGUCAUCUCUUCUCAUGGUUCUUGAUACAUGAGAUAGCUACAGAUCGCCCAUCCGUUGAUCCGUUGUCCCACCAGUCUAUGAGAAAAUCAAUUGCCUCUUGACAUAUUUUUACACUUUUCAUAGAACAGCAGGACCAGUACGCCCUUCACGAUGGUGUCUCUCAGCCAGCUGGAUGCUCGCCACAUCCAAAACAUGAGCGAAGCCAAAACCCUGGAACCUCACUGGGGAUACGCUGAUCGCGCUCUCCCUUGCACAAACGAUAAGGGAUCUUGCGAGUAUCUCGAUCUGGUCUAUUAUGCCCACGAUCUAGGCAUGCUCUACUCCGGAAUCCUUUGGGCUACUAUCCUCGCUGUCUUCUUCCUUUGGGCUAUUCUACGACAUGUCGGCAAACCCUCAUCUCCGGCUAUCACUCUUGGAGUGAACCCAAAAGCCGGUCUCGCCAAGGUCCGCAGCAGUCUCAGCUCGUUAACACGGCAAUAUCUCCUUCCAGAUGCCUGCCGGACGAUCUUUGGCCGUACCACUCGCUUUCAGGUUGCUGUCAUGCUGUCCCUCGUGGGAUAUCUCACUGUUUGGAGCUUUGUCGGUAUGACUUAUCAGAAAUGGGUUACUCCCGUCAAAGAUAUGCCUGGAGUCUACAACACUCGCACUACUCUCGGUCCUUGGUCUGACCGAGUCGGUAUUCUCGCGUAUGCCCUGACUCCUCUGUCUGUCCUCUUGGCUAGCAGAGAAUCUGUCCUUUCUCUCAUCACAGGAGUGCCCUACCAGAGCUUCAUCUUCCUACAUCGCUGGCUGGGCUAUAUCAUUUUCCUUCAGGGUUCCCUUCACACCAUUGCCUGGACUGUCGUUGAGGUCCGUCUAUACCAGCCUCAACCUAAGGUUGCCGCCGAGUGGAUUGUACAGGAAUACAUGAUCUGGGGUGUCGUUGCCAUGAUUCUGUUACUCCUCAUGUUCAUCGGAAGUACUCCUUGGGGAAUUCGCGCAACAGGAUACGAGUUCUUCCGCAAGUCUCACUACGUCCUCGCCAUGGUUUAUAUUGGUGCCUGCUGGGGUCAUUGGAAGCAGCUCAAGUGCUUCUUGCUUCCAUCACUCCUGUUCUGGUUCGCUGACCGUGGAUUCCGACUGCUUCGUACCGCUUAUCUGCAUUACCACCAUCUCCCCUCAGGUAAGAUGGGAUUUCAAGCUGCCCAAGCUGUUAUCACCAGGUUCCCUGACGCUGAGCAUGGCGACAUUCUUCGAUUCGACCUUGAAAACGAUCAGGACCCCUGGAAGAUCGGACAGCACUACUUCCUCUGUUUCACUGAGAGCAACAUCUGGCAAUCACAUCCCUUCACUCCGAUAAAUGCUCCUGUCGUUGAGAAGGGUGUUGUGAAGCACUCGUACAUCAUGCGCGCCAAGGGCGGUGAAACUAAGAAGAUGGCUGAGCUGGCUGCUAAGAAGCUCACGAUCUCCGAGAGAGCUACCACUUCUGUCAUUCUCACUGGCGCCUAUGGUGAGACCACAAUGGACCAUAUUGCACCUGACACCAAUAUUGUCUGUGUCGCUGGUGGCACUGGCAUUGCCUAUGUACUCCCUGUCCUCCUUGAACUCGCACGAUCACCCAUUUCCCGAGACCGCAAGAUUGAGCUCAUCUGGGCCAUCCGCCAUGCCGCUGACGCUGAAUGGGUUCAGGAGGAGAUGGACCUUCUACAGCAGGCCCGAAAGGCUCUCAAUCUCAAGAUCCGCGUCUACGCUACACGAGACUCCAGCAGCAGUUCCAAGCUUCAGGUCAGCGACGAGAAGGAUGUCACAGAUGCUACCAGACAACUCGGCUCAUCAUCAUCGUCAGACGUGAUAGAAGAAGGCUGUGCAUGCGGCACCGAUGUCCCCGUUGCUAAAAUCGGAAACGGUAUUGUCGAUGAGGACCGACACCCUAAUCUAUCCAAGCUCAUCAGCGACUUUGUGAGCAACACCAUUACUGGUCCCACGACAGUCUUUGCCAGUGGCCCCGGUGGAAUGAUCAGUGAUCUUCGCACGAUUGUGGCUGGGUGCAACUCAGGCAAUAAGGUCUGGAACGGCAAUGAGCGAUUUGAUGUUAAGCUGGUUUGUGACGAUCGUCUGGAAUGGUAGGGUGUUUUGAGAUACCACUCUAGCGACUUUGCAUUUAGAUGGCGUUUUCGGGGCUACAAAAGGGUUGAACAGAUAGUUUGUGUAUACAGCGUCAAAGUACGUACGUGUUGUUCAUGAAGAACCUGAAACUCAGGGAUUUUUCUGUG